AUGGUUGCGGGAAGGAAUAAUGAUGCUAUUGUUGAGGCAUUAACAAUGUUGGCUGGUGCUAUUGGGCAAGUACCACAAGCGAACGCUGGCAAUGGAGAGGAGAUUGAGUUUCGUGCUUUGGGAGAUUUCAUAAGGAAUAAGCCGCCGACCUUUGAGGGAGAGCAUGAACCUGAUAAGAAGGUGCAGUUUGGAACUUACAUGCUAGAGAAGGAAGAUGAGGUUGGUGGCAUAACACUGUGCAAAUAUUUGAUGAAGAAGGAUUGGAAAUUACUUGGGCUCUUUUUCCGUGAUGCUUUUCUGGAGAAUCAUUUUCUGGAAGAUGUGCGUGGAAAGAAGGAAGUGGAAUUUCUAGAAUUGAAGCAAGGAAAUGGUACUGUGGUUGUGUAUGCUGAAAGAUUCCAAGAGUUGAUCAAGUAUUGUCCUCAUUACAAUACUAUCAAUGCCGAGAGGUCGAAUUGUUUGAAGUUUGUGAAUGGUUUUAGACCUGAUAUCAAAAAGGCUAUUGGAUAUAAACAGAUUACCCAUUUUGCUGAAUUGGUUAAUAAGAGUAGGAUCUAUGAUGAGGAUAGUAGGGAAAGUAGUUCCUACUAUAAAUCCUUGAAUGAUCGGAAAGGUAAGGGGAAAUUCUUUGGGAAGCCAUGUGAUGAAAAGAAGAAGCAAUCUGGUUUUCGCAAGAAGCCAAGUGGGGGAAUAGCUUAUACUUCGAUUAAGUGCUUCAAGUGUGGUGUUGAGGGACAUGGUGUUAUGGAUUGUUUAAAGGUCGAAGUGACAUGUUUCAAGUGUGGCAAGGCUAAUCUGAGAAGUAUGGUUAUUGAUACACCUGUUAUGGGUUAUGUGUCUACUUCUUUUCUGUGUUUCAAUUGUCCGUUGAGUAUAUUUGGUAGAGAAUUUGGAAAUGACUUAAUUUGUCUUCCAUUAGAGCAAAUUGAUGUGAUUUUGUGUAUGAACUGGUUAGAGUUUAAUCGUGUCUAUACCAACUGUGUUGAUAAGGCAGUUAUCUUUCCUGAAACUGGUGUUAAGGAAGAUGUGUUUUUGUCUGCUAGAACAAUUGAGGAAUUGACAAUAGUCCGUGAUUUUGUGGAGGUAUUUCCUGAAGAUGUAAGGGAUUUACUGCCAGAACGUGAAGUGGAGUUUACGAUUGAUUUAGUUCCUGGAACUAGUCCUGUUUCGAUGGCUCUAUAUGGAUAA